GUACUGUUUUCAUACUUGGAAACCAACUCUAAUAAUACCAUCAAUUUUUCCUCGGUCUGCAUGUACAGAGGUUAGAUAGUGGGUCAAUCAGCUAGCUCCCAAAUCAUGGCAAUGGCAAAGGCAAACAGUACCCUGACAAGCACCAUGGCCGAAAUCCGGCGUUUGCAGCGCGCGGACGGUCCAGCGACCGUGCUGGCCAUCGGCACGGCGAACCCGUCCAAGUGCGUGUCCCAAGAGGAGUACCCGGACUACUAUUUUCGAGUCACCAAGAGCGAGCACCUCAUGGAUCUCAAACAGAAACUCAAGACAAUGUGUCAGAGGACAGACACGGAGAAGCGUUUCUUUCACCACACGGAGGAGCUGCUCGACGCACACCCUCAUUUCCUCGACCGCCGGCAGCCGUCCCUCGACGACCGUAUGGAGAUCGCGGCUGCCGCGGCGCCAGAGCUAGCCGCAUCAGCAGCGGCCAAGGCCAUAGCCAAGUGGGGCCGUCCAGCCACCGACAUCACCCACCUCAUCCUAAGCACCAGCUCGUGCGCGGGCUCCCCGGGCGCCGACCUCCGCCUGGCCGCCCUGCUCGGCCUCCGCCCGUCCGUCAUUCGCACGAUGCUCCAGCUCAAUGGUUGCGCCGCCGGUUCCGCUUCGCUGCGCCUCGCCAAGGACAUAGCCGAGAACAACCGCGGCGCGCGGGUCCUGGUGGCCUGCGUCGAGCUCACCAUCGUCGCCUUCCGCGGGCCAGAGGAGGACUACCCCCACACCCUCAUCGGCCAGGCGUCGUUAGGUGAUGGCGCUGGCGCGGUCAUUGUUGGCGCCGACGCCGGCGUGCUCUACCCGGCCGAGCGCCCGCUCUUCGAGAUGGUGUCCGCCUCGCAGACAACCUCACGAAAAAUUAACAAUUAUUCCAGCUACGCACAAAUCUAUUUCUUUCAUAUGCAAUGUGAAAUAAAAUAG